AUCACUCUCGACCUCCCAAACUUGAGCGUCAUUUUUGCUUCGCGUUUUGCCAAGAAUUGUAUUUUGGACCAACUGUCUCUCCGUAGCGCGAGAGGUGUUGACAGAGAGGACUGUUGUGGUACAAAUUAGCCUUUUCCCCUGGACAGCAACAGGACAUAUCUCAACUGUCAGCCCGAACGUUAGCCUCACUGACGGACCACUGCUGGAGGUCCGGUUCGUUUAACCUGACGGCAGCGCAGUGUGUGGGUGCAGCUGACUCCAGCCAGAAUGAGCUCUAAAGGAGGAGGCACCGCUCUGACCCGCCGAAACUACAGACUGUCUUCAGACACAGACAAACCCAAAGCUACAGGUAUAGUGAAUGAGAAGCUACUGAGUGACUACCUGUAUCAUGUGUUUCCUUCUGACAAACAAGGACCUGCAGUGGCCUCCCUCAGGAAGCCUCUCGGUUUCCAGGAUCUUGGUGCUCACCUGGAGAGACUUCUGUCUGAGGGAGAGCCCACUGAGGAGAGCAGAGAUCAGGCUACUGAAGGUCGUCUGGGUCCUCAGCCAGUCGUCCUGGAUCACACCAGCGGUUUUGAAGGACUUCUGUUUGUCGACGAUGACCUGUUAGGGGUCAUUGGCCACAGCAACUUCAGCUCCAUCAGAGCCACCACAUGUGUUUAUAAAGGGAAGUGGGCGUACGAGGUGCUGAUCUCCUCCCAGGGUCUCAUGCAGAUCGGGUGGUGUACUCUCAACUGUCGCUUCAACCAGGAGGAGGGUGUGGGCGACACACCUGAUUCAUACGCGUACGAUGGAAACAGAGUGAGAAAGUGGAACGUGACCACCACUAACUACGGAAAGUCGUGGGCGGCAGGAGACAUCGUCAGCUGUCUGAUAGACCUGGACGAGGGAACCAUCACAUUCUGCCUGAAUGGCCAGUCUCUGGGCACAGCGUUCACCAACAUUAAGACGGGUCCAGGUGUCGCAUACUUUCCUGCCAUCAGCCUCUCCUUUAAAGAGUCGGUGGCUUUCAACUUUGGCAGCAGACCGCUCCGAUACCCCGUGGACGGCUACCUGCCCCUGCAGAACCCCCCAGCUGCAGACCUGAUGAAAGCUCACAAACUGCUGGGCUACAUCAAGAACGUCCUCUCCACUGCCAUCGACACACAGGAGGAGAGGCUGGUGGAGAAGGACUGUGCAGUGUGGAGGCUUCAAGGAGAACCCACAGUCCUCGUCACUCUGGCUCACAUCUUCAACCACUUUGCUCCGCUCAUGUGUAAAGUCUACCUGGUGGAGGAUGUGCUGAUGAACUUCCUGUUGGGGAUUCUGGAGGGAGGAGGUUCGGUGGAUGAACAUCCGCUUAUACAGCAACUUCUGGAUCUCUUCUGGCUGCUGAUGGAGGACUAUGAAGUGAACGAGUGCCUGAAGCAGCUGAUGAUGUCCUUGCUGAGGGCCUACCGCUUCUCUCCCAUCAUACCAGACCUGGGCUUCCAGAUCCACUAUCUGCGUCUGACCACGGCCAUCCUGCAUCAUGAGAAGUCCAGAAAAUACCUGCUCAACAAUGUCUUGUUUGAUGUUCUGCGUUCAGUUGUGUUUUUUUACAUCAAGACUCCUCUGAGAGUGAAGGAGGCGGGGCUCGAGGAGCUCAUCCCGACCACCUGGUGGCCCACGCACUUUGACAAGGAGGGUAAAGAUGAGCGUGAGCCCAAAGAUGAGAGUGCAGAUGAACGUCUGAGGCGUCGAGCGUAUGAGCGAGGCUGUCAAAGACUCAAAAAGAGGAUUGAAGUGGUGGAAGAGUUGCAGGUUCAGAUCCUGAGGUUGCUGCUCAAUAACAAAGACAAAACAACGGGAGAAGCCUCUCGCUACAUUUUCCUCAACAAGUUCAGAAAAUUCCUCCAGGAAAACGCCAGCAACAGAGGGCACCCGACAGCUCUGUGUCCUCCGGAGUACAUGGUGUGUUUCCUCCACCGCCUCAUCACGGCUGUGAGAGCGUGCUGGGACGAAGGGAACAGGAAGAGUCCAGGCAGCGUCAGCAGUGAAGAGGCCUAUGUCCCUCCCCAACUCUUCUACAACGGGAAGGUGGACUACUUUGACCUGCAGAGACUGGGGGGGCUCCUCUCCCACUUAAAGAAAACACUCAAAGAUGACCUGGCCAGCAAAGCCAACAUCAUCAUCGACCCUGCAGAGAUCCAGGCCACGUCUAUGGACGACCUGGACGAGGAUGAGGAGAGCGGAGCAGCACAGAGGCCGUUUGGUGCAGCAGCGAUGGGUGGAGCUCUCGCGAGGCCCAGCUGGUUGAGCUCUCCCACUUUGGGUCGGGCCAACCGGUUCCUGAGCACGGCUGCCGUCAGUCUCAUGACCCCCAGACGACCCCUCACUCAGCCUGAGAAAGUGAAGGUUCACACCCUCGCUGUGGAGCAGAGGACGGAGGAGGACAUCGAGGGAAGCCAUGGUAACGACGGCCUGUUGCUGGGGCGACCGCUGGAGGAGCCCGAUCAGGCAAUAGCAGACAAGUCCCUGUUGGAGAUAGUUGAUGGGAUCGUGAUGAUGUACAACCUGAGCGUUCAUCAGCAGCUGGGAAAGAUGGUGGUGGUGUCAGACGACGUGCACGAAUACGCCGUGGCUCUGAAGGACACGGAGGAGAAGAUCGCUCGAUGCCCCACACGGAGACCUGACAUCCUGGAGGAGCUCCAGAAAAGCCAGAAGGUGUUUGCAGAGAAGCUGAACCACCUCAGCAGGAGACUGGCCUGGAUCAAUGCCACCAUCUACUCCAAGGAGAAGAUGUUGGAUGUGUACUGGCUGCUGUGCGUUUGUAUUCGCACCAUUGAACACGCCGACAACACCGGCUCCUUGUUCGCCUUUGCUCCAGAGUUCUACCUCAAUGUCGCCAUGAAUGCAUACAGCGCCCUUAAGAACUACUUCAGCCCCGCAAACAGCAUGGAGGAACUGCCAGGCUACGAAGAAACAUUGACUCAACUAGCUGCUAUCCUUGCUAAGCACUUUGCAGAUCCACGCAUAGUUGGAACAGAUAUCAAAGACUCUCUAAUGCAGGCACUGGCCAGCUACGUCUGCUACCCACAAUCCCUCAGGGCGGUGGAGAGGAUCCCCGAGGAACAACGUGUCGCCAUGAUGAGGAAUCUGCUGGCUCCAUAUGAACAGAGACCCUGGGCUCAGACCAACUGGAUCCUGGUCAGACUCUGGAGGGGCUGUGGUUUUGGCUACAGAUACACUCGCCUGCCUCAUCUCCUGAAGACCAAACCUGAGGACGCCAACCUGCCCAGUCUGCAGAAGCCGUGUCCGUCGCUGCUGCUGCAGAGACACAUGGCGCAGCUGCUGAGUAUGGACAAAGACAUGGCCGCCUCGUUCCUCAACAGUGUCCUGAACCAGCUCAACUGGGCCUUCUCCGAGUUCAUCGGCAUGAUCCAGGAGAUCCAGCAGGCAGCAGAGCGUCCAGAGAGGAACUUUGUGGACACUCGUCAGCUGAAGGUGUGCGCGACCUGCUUCGACCUGUCAGUCAGCCUGCUGCGUGUGCUGGAGAUGACCGUCACUCUGGUCCCUGAGAUCUUCCUGGACUGGUCCCGCCCCUCCGCAGAGCUGCUCCUCAGACGACUGGCUCAGCUGUUGAACCAGGUGUUAAACAGAGUAACAGCAGAGAAGAACCUGUUUGAUCGUGUUGUCAACUUAAGACUGCCAGGUCUGGAAAGUGUUGACCACUACCCCAUCCUGGUUGCUGUCACAGGGAUCCUGGUUCGAAUCCUGGUGGAUGGAGACAGACAGGGGAUAUCUCGAGCUGCAUCCGUCCUGCUCUCUGACCCCUGUUUCCAGCUCCACUCCAUCCAGCACCUGUUAGGAGAGGGGGGUGAGUCCUCCAGCUCCUCAGCAGCCGUCACUUCUACUGCCCGUCCAGUAGUCGGGUCUUUGGGGUCAUCUGUGGCGCCGCCCAUCCCUUCAGCCACUGGAAACACAGGCUCCUCAGAACGCAAACACUUCUCCCUGCACGCAUACACAGACUACAUCAGCGAGGAGGAAAAACAGAAGGUGGAGCUGAUGUUGGCGUUUCUCACAGAGGAGUCCAAACAGGCUGCAGCCAGCACAGCUCCGACCAGUGAAGAAGACCUCUGCCCCAUCUGCUACGCUCACUCCAUCUCUGCCAUCUUCAAGCCCUGCUCCCACAAGUCCUGCAAAGCCUGUAUCAACCAACAUCUGAUGAACAACAAGGACUGUUUCUUCUGCAAAGCCACCAUCACAGGGGUCGAAGACUACAGCAAGCCCACCACCUCCUAACACACACACACAUACACACACGCACACACACACACAUACACACCUGACGCACACAUAAGCUGUAAAGAUCAUAAGAGAAAACCUGUGUAAAAGACUGAUCCUUCAAACACACGUGAAGCGCUUCAUACUCAAACUUCAGACCACAUAUCAGUGAACCCAAAGAUUCCUCACAGAGGUCUGUACUGUGUGUAUGUACGAGAAUGAGCAGCCAUGUUUGGAAAUGUACAGAUUCACCGUCAACAGCUCAAUGUCAUCGACGCAACUUCCUCUUUCUGACUUAAAGAAAAGAUGAACUGAACGGAGACAGAGGUGGAGACUGAACUGAGUGGGAAGGAUUGUUGAUAAGAAGCUGAUGGAACUGCUCACAUGCUGGUGUAUGAACAUGUAUGUGUGGCUGCGAGUGUGUGCUGCACUAGUUGUGUAUACUGUGUAGUAAAUGUCACAGGUGAAACAUUACUGAGUUUUGAAAGUAAAAGCUAAAACAGUGAGUGAACAGACUAAAGCCCUUUUCAGACAUGGAGUAUUUCCUGUCACGUAAAUGUGUAAAACUCUGUAGAUUCACGACUAAAAGCCGCACGCGUGCAUGAUUCUGUUUAAUAUAUCUGAGUCAUCGUGGAACUGGAAGCACGUGAACGAGCCUCACUUCACCUCCACGGUCCGACAGAAAUGGAAGUAGCAACAUCCUUAAAACAUCAGUUUGCAAGUCGACACUUGAGCUUGUCCACCGUCAAUAAAAAAAAAAAAAAAAAAAACAGCAAAGAAGAAGAAGUGCAGUUUUCUCUUUAUAGCAUCUCCUCCACCAAUUCGUCACGUCUCAGUCGUGAUUUCUAACCAUCACAAAGAUGAUCAGUGAUUCAUUGACAGAGCUCAGGCUUCACAGUUCAGGAUCAAAUGAAAACAUCAUUAACAGGGAAUAAUAAGGAAGGAUUAAAUCAGUUGUAAACAGUUCAAAAAUAAAGUUUACUAAUGCACUUCUGAUUGAGAGUUUAGUCAAACAUCUCUCACUUUAUAUUUAAUCUCGCCCUCGUCAGAUCACAGCAGAGCGCUCCAGUGUGUACGCUGGUCUGAGGUCUGUGUGAAGUGUCUUUUACAAACACUCGUUUCUGAGGGAAAUGGCAUAUGCAUGGCUUUUGUGUGUACACGUCCUUUAUAUAUGUGGCCCCUGGUGAGUGAGAGGAAGCUUCUAAAACUUAUUUCACUGUUGAGGGUUCAAUGAGCUCGAGGGACGCUCGUCUCUCCGUCAGCUGUUUGUUCAACAUGUUUAAUAAUUAUCUGAAAUGGGCUUUAGUUAGAAGUAAAGUUACUGCUGGAAACAUUUUCCCUUUAUUUGUUUUUUUUUUAUUAUAAAUAUGUAGAUACAGUAUGUUAUCCUGCAUGUCUUUGCUGAGUAAACUCCACUCAGUUUGCCAGGUCGGGUUUAAAUCCACGGCCUUUUUGCUGUGAGGUGUUGUUAACCAGGAAAUGUACACUUUUUUUCCCCCAGUGAACUAAGUUUACUUUACAGUUUUAGAUUCCAGUCUGAGUUUGCAGUGUGUGCUGUAGUGUUGAUACAGUCCUGUCAGGGCCAGCGCGCACACACUUCUGUUAUAAGUAAAGGUUAUACUGCAGUGAAAAUACAGCACACACACACACACACAGAUAUACUGGGGUGUAAAAAAAUAACAAAAAAAAAAGAAAUAUAUCAUGAUGUAGUUAGAUGACAGGACACUGGGAACUCUGUGUUCUCUGUACAACACACACACACACACACACUAAACCGAGGCGGCCACGAAAGUCCCCAAUAAAACACAGCACUCGAUGGGAGGACAGCAGCGUCCUUGAGUGUGAGAACUAGCUGUCAUAUUAGCACAACAAUUCACCUCUACCUGUCAGUGCAGGUACACCACACACACACACACACACACACACACACACACACACGCACUUACACAAGUUCUUACAGAGGAACAGAUGUGCACCAUAUAUCACUUUUACCUCUGUGGAGAAACACUAACACAAAGACACACACGGGCAGGGAACAAUGGAAAACUCAUACCUCACCCUACCUGUGGAUGGAUGACUGAACGGCUUCACUGGGGACGGUUGUUUUCCAUCUUUUUGUGGUUGUUCUUGCAGUGACAGAGUUGAUAACAGCACGGGGUCCGAGGAGUCAGGGGCUCCAGUGGCCGCAGCUUCUGUUGGAAGUGACUGUUAACAACGAUUUGUGGACGCAAGGUAACUACAAGAGACAAAGAAUGGCAUGAAGAGACGUACAAUUACCAUAAAAACACACACAACAACUCCAGACAGAUGCCAUGUCGUCUCCUUAAGUGGGUGGGGGGGGGCCUUUGUCUCAUAAUCCAUCUAUGACCCCCUACCUACAGGUAUGCAUAUACUUUGGCACCAAUGUACUGUAACCAUGAUCAAAUACACACCAUCUCUACCAUGACCGGUGCAGGGAGUAGGUCUACAGCCAUUGUAACUUAAAAAAAACAGACUUUAAAUACUUUUAAUACUCUGGUUUUCUUCUAAAGGUCUCGGACAAAUUUAGUCUUAACGCACAGGUAUUCACAUUCAUGCAUUCACGCAGUGUACAGCCACACACCCCUCCAAUUACAGAAAAGUCACACAUGCAGUCUGUUGAUAGAUUUCUAGAAAGCUAAUGUGGUUUUAGGUGUGACGGACUUGGUUUGUCUUUAAAUGAAGAGUUUGAUAUUUUUGGAAAAAAGGGAAAGAAGAAGAAGGAGUAUUUUCUCAAAAUGCCAAACUAUUCCUUUAAGUAAAUGAAUGUUGAACCUGCGAGUUACGAAGGACAAAAACUCUACUGUUCCUCUAACCAUCGUGUCUAGAUAAACCUCAAUCCAACCACUGGUGCUGGAGUUUGUAACUAUAAAAUAACAUGUACUGUUGUGUAAAUGAGGCAUAACUUCACUUAUCCAAACCUCAAACUAAACCUGGGUAAUUGAACAGAUAUAAACAUGUGACAAUGCUGAUUUUCUUUUCUAGUUAACCUUCUUUUGUUCCUUGACAUCGCCCUUAUGAUAGCACUGUUGUCAUGAAUUAUUUUAGUCACAUACUGUAUUGAUGUGGAAGUAGCUGAUUAUCUACUAACUAAAGGGAUAAUUCACUCUAAAAGAAAUCAUGUGGCUGUAAUUGUUAUAGGGUCUUGGUGAAUUGAUUGUGAUCUCUGGGAAUGUGUAUCUUUAUUUCAACCCAAAACCCAAAAAUAAUUUAACCUCCCCAAAGGGUAAUUUUCUAAUAUGUAUGUCGGACAACAAACAAUAUUUUCAUACCAUGACUUGGGUUAAUUUUUUUCCCUGUAGGUGUCCAUUUUAUGAUUGUUGUAAUUAUAUUGGUUUGUCAAUUGAAAAGCUGUUUGAGGGCCGAUCAAAUGUAGAAAAUACAAAGGAAACUGAAAAAGUAAAUCUGACUUUGAAAUAAUAAGUUGAUAUUGUGAAUCAGCAGUUUCAAACCGAAACUCAAAUUUUAAAUUCCUUCAAUGGAAAAUAAAAAAUCUUAAAUGUAAAAUUGAAAGAUACAAUUUAAAAGAAAAUAAAAACAUAUGUCAAGUCAAUUCAGUUUUAUUUAUAUAGCGCAGAAGUUAUCUUAGGACACUUUUCAUAUAGAGCAGGUCUAGACCGUUUCAUCAUUUACAGAGACCAAGUAUUCCCCUAUGAGCAGCACCUGGUGACAGUGGCAAAUAAAAAACCUUUAACGGUUAGAAAAAUCUACAAAUAAGAAUAUUUUAGCAAGAAAAUAUAUUAUUAAAAUUACAUUUUUUUUGCAUUUCUCUCCCUUAUCUUUGCACUUUUCACAUUUUUCAUGUAGCUUUUCAACCUAAAUUUGUCAGUUCAUAAUCCCAUUUAUUUUUUCAGUUUCCUUUUUCUUUCUAACAUUUAUUUAUGGUCUGAUUAUCUUGAGUACUACAAUAAGAUUUUAUUCCUGGUUAUAAUUAGAGCGAAUGUAUAUGAAAUGUUGAAUAUCUCCAGUUGGAGCAUAGCUAUAUGCACAUUUGGACUAUACAGUAUAUCUAUUUCAUUUUUUAUGGAACAUUUCACAGAUUAUGUUUCAAUUAUUAUCUUUGGGAAUAAACCGCAAUUUCUUUCACGGUUCUGUACAAGUAGUUGUUGUCCAAAACAAGUAGUAAUAAUGAUGAAUUUGGCCUCCCGAAGCCCAGCAGAGUGGAUUCUCAGUGAGAUCAUUCUGUUUAUCUGACAUUACACUGACAAAUGAAUGAUAGCGAAUACUCAAAACCUACAGAGAAGAGUUCAUGAUGUAAAACUCAGAGGUUUUGUUGGAAGGUCUGAACCUAAAGGGCUGUUUGAACCGAAUGUUGACGGACAUGUAAUCAAUAGUAUGUUUUCAGUCUCUGGGUUUCACUGAUGUUUGUGUGUUUGGUUUUCUCACUAUGUGAACUGGUAGCGGUACUCAUACAGUAUUUAAAGCAUGUAUCUGAGUGAACAGAGUGUUUGUGAUGCAGGUUUACAGAGAGCUGCUGCUGCUGAGGGGGUUUUACAGGCUGCACUGAGCAAUAUUACAGCCACUGUUCAUUUGUUGUUUCUGUUUACACAUUUACCUUGUUUAGGGGAUGAGGGAGGGAGCAGAUGAUGCCGGGGGUGGACGAACUUAUUGCUUUCCAUUUCUCCUUUGUGAGUGAGAGUGCACAUAUAUUGAUAAUGUAACUGCAUUAAAUUAUUUAUCCUAAACCAACAA